AUGUCCGACGAUGGUAUGAACAUCGACGACGGAGGCGUCGUUCGCAGGAAGGGACGCGGCUUCACCAGUGCUGCCGGCAACGACAGCGCCGUCACCUCGGAGCAGGUCUUUGACCGGGUGGAGUCCACACACACCGAGACCAGAGCUGCCCGCUCUGUCGAAGGCUGGAUUGUGCUAGUCACGAACGUGCACGAGGAGGCGACCGAAGAGGACGUCCAGGACAAGUUUGCCGACUACGGCGAGAUCAAAAACCUCCAUCUCAACCUCGACCGCCGCACAGGCUAUGUCAAGGGCUAUGCGCUCGUGGAAUAUGAAACCAUGACGGAGGCCCAAGCGGCCAUUGAUGGCGCGUCCGGCUCGACCCUAUUGGAACAGACCCUGCAAUGCGACUUUGCUUUUGUUCGCCCUCCGCCCGCAGGGCCAAAGAAGACCCGCGGCGGCAGGGGCCGCAGCGCGAGUCCGUCCCGCCGGCGAGGAGACUGA